UACCUUGCCACCUCUCACUCACAGCAAAGACAUUCUUCGAUGAACAUGGACAUUACCGUUAUUUAAGAACAGUUGUUGUUCUUGGGAAUCAAGGAAGAAAUGGAGAUACACCCAGUAUAUUUAGCACUAUGAGAAAACAGCUCCAGGAUGUUGGAAUUUGGCACCCGUUCAGACAUCUCUCAGCCCGCGGCGGACCACAAUGCCCUAGGGGUGCCCCAGCUGGCCAGGGGAGGUGUGUGCGGGACCAGCACUCCGCGCCGCUACGUCCUCUACCCAGAGCCCGAAAACUGGCACAAGCACCGCCUCGGCCUAGCCGGGGGUUCCCGCUCCUGUUCUUUACUGGAGCCCCAGAUCCUGUCAGACAGCCUCUUGUCCCACACGGCCAGCGUCGACUCCCUCUACCUCCCUCAAAAUGCCCACACCCGUCAUGGCCUUUCACUGGACGUGGGCAGCUCUUUCGACGGACCAGGGGGAACACCGGGCAUAGACCCCGACCAGCCUGUCAGCCCUAUUGCCAUUAAUCGACGUAGGGGGGGCCUCAUCGAGCAGCGGGACAUCAUUAAGGCCCACCAGGCUCACAAGAUUCAGAGCACCCCACAGGCCCUGCGCAAGGAAUGGGAAAUGGCCCGGUUCGGAGACGACGUCCCCGGCUUGUUGGCCUCCCGGGAUGGGGACUCCGAGCGCAACAGAACCCGGGAGGGACCGGCUGUGUCUACAGGUGGUGGUGUGUCCCCAGCCUUCAAACAGACCAAAGCUCAGAGAGCCCGCACCAUGGCCCUGUACAACCCCAUCCCUGUCAGACAGAACUGUUUCACCGUCAAUAGAUCACUCUUCAUUUUCGGAGAAGACAACAUUGUUCGGAAGUACGCCAAGAAGGUCAUAGAAUGGCCUCCAUUUGAGUACAUGAUCCUUGCAACCAUCAUCGCCAACUGUAUCGUCCUGGCCUUGGAGCAGCACUUGCCUGGAGAGGACAAGACCCCAAUGUCCAAAAGACUGGAAAAGACAGAGCCUUACUUCAUUGGGAUGUUCUGCCUUGAAGCCGGGAUCAAAGUGGUGGCAUUGGGAUUUGUAUUCCAUAAAGGCUCCUACCUGAGGAACGGCUGGAAUGUCAUGGACUUCAUCGUGGUUUUAAGUGGGAUUCUGGCCACAGCGGGAGCUCACAUGAACAUCCCUGUUGACCUGCGGACACUUAGGGCUGUCCGUGUUCUGAGACCCCUCAAACUUGUCUCGGGAAUUCCCAGCCUGCAGAUAGUCCUGAAAUCCAUCAUGAAAGCCAUGGUGCCGUUACUCCAGAUUGGCCUGCUGCUCUUCUUUGCCAUUCUUAUGUUUGCAAUCAUCGGUCUGGAGUUCUACAGUGGAAAGCUCCACAAUACCUGUCUGCCCAUGCCCAAUAUUUUAGAAAAUGAGACAGUGGACAAGUCCGAAUCUGAGUUCCCGUGUGGAGUGCGGAAGUGCCCUGAAAAAUAUGCCUGCCGUGACACCUGGAUUGGCCCAAAUGAUGGCAUCACACAGUUUGACAACAUCCUUUUUGCCGUGCUGACUGUGUUCCAGUGUAUAACAAUGGAAGGAUGGACCACAGUGCUUUACAAUACCAACGAUGCUUUAGGCCCUACGUGGAACUGUAUGUACUUCAUCCCUCUGAUCAUCAUCGGCUCCUUCUUCGUGCUGAACCUGGUAUUAGGAGUGCUGUCAGGGGAGUUUGCCAAGGAGAGGGAGCGGGUGGAGAACCGCCGAGCAUUCAUGAAGCUGCGGAGGCAACAGCAGAUUGAGAGGGAGCUCAAUGGCUACCGGGCCUGGAUUGACAGAGCAGAGGAGGUGAUGCUUGCUGAGGAAAAUAAGAAUUCAGGACCGUCUGCCCUCGAUGUGCUAAAGAGGGCCACCAUCAAAAGGAGAGGGCCAGAUGCUGGUCACCGUGGCCCAGGGGAUGACCACUAUGGUGAUAUCUCUUCUGUCGGCAGCCCCAUGGCCAGAGCCAGCAUCAGGAGCGCUAAAAGAGGUCCCACGGCUUAUUUCAAGCGUAAGGAACGCUUGCUGCGUAUCUCUAUCCGGCGAAUGGUGAAGACACACACUUUCUACUGGACUGUACUGGGCCUGGUGGCACUCAAUACGUUUUGUGUGGCCAUCGUCCAUCACAACCAGCCCCACUGGCUGUCUGUCUUCCUUUACUAUGCAGAAUUCCUUUUUCUGGGUCUUUUUCUCGCUGAGAUGUGUUUAAAGAUGUACAGCCUGGGACCCCGACUCUACUUUCACUCUGCAUUCAACCGCUUCGACUGUGGUGUGAUUGUGGGCAGCAUUUUCGAGGUUAUGUGGGGGUUCUUCAGGCCUGGCACCUCCUUUGGCAUCAGCGUGCUACGAGCUCUCCGACUGCUGAGGAUAUUCAAGAUCACCAAGUACUGGGCAUCGCUGAGGAACCUGGUGAUAUCCCUGAUGAAUUCGAUGAAGUCCAUCAUCAGCCUCAUCUUCCUCCUCUUCCUUUUCAUCCUGGUCUUUGCUUUGCUGGGCAUGCAGCUAUUCGGCGGCAGGUUCAUCUUUGAAGACUACACUCCUGCAAACUUUGAUACCUUUCCUGCAGCCAUCAUGACUGUCUUUCAAAUCUUGACCGGAGAAGACUGGAAUGAGGUCAUGUACAAUGGAAUCCGCUCCCAAGGAGGGGUCAAGUCAGGAAUGUGGUCGUCCAUAUACUUUAUUGUGCUCACUCUCUUUGGUAACUACACCCUGUUGAAUGUCUUCUUGGCCAUCGCUGUGGACAAUCUGGCCAACGCCCAGGAACUAACUAAGGAUGAAGAAGACGAAGAGGCUGCUUUCAAUCAGAAACAUGCUCUCCAGAAAGCCAAGGAAGUCGGGGCAAUGUCCUCCCUGAUAUCCUCAGACAGGCGGAGGAGACCCUACCUGUACAGGAAAAGAGCCAUACACAGGACCCGGCAUGCCUACUCUCUGGAGCAGGCUGAAAGCCUCGCCGAUGGGGCCUCCUGCCGGCCACUGAAUUCCUCUAACUCUUUCAUGUCCAGGAGGGAAAGGAGAAGACGGAUGACCAUGUCUGUGUGGGAGCAGAGAACCAGCCAACUGCGCAGGCACCGGCAGAUGUCCAGCCGAGAGAUCCUUUUCAGCAGCCCCAGUGAUGAGCAGGAUGCACCCCCUGGCUGCCCCUGCAGCCCCAAAACCACAGGUACACCCACGGGCAGCCUAAAGCUGGCUGACACCACGGCUGAUCCCACGGCCUCUGUGGCCGAGCCGCCCAAGCCCAUGGACCUGCCACUAGAUGACCCGGCCCUGCAUAUGGGUGUCCCUGACCCCCCCUUAGCCCCCCCUUUAGCAGAGCCCUCCACGGACAGGCCCAUGCCUGACCCCCCAGAGCCCACAGCCGCGUUCACACAGGAGACCGCUGGAUCCGAUCCACGCCCCGAGGGCAAUCUGGCCAUUGUCAACCACUGCCGCCCGGGACUCAAUGGUCUCAGGAGCCCCAGGUUGAAUGGCGAGAGAAGGAGGAGAGCGGUGCGUAAGUUCCGCCCCCCCGCUGGCGACACCCUGACCCCCGACGUGGCUGGCGUCAAGCACAGGAGGCCGCGGGGCGCCGGGUACUGCAAGGUCCCUGCUGGUGCCAGAGGUGUGGACUCUCCCCAGGAUGAGGGGAGCAGUCGCUCAGUCAGCAGGGAGAGGAAGACCGCGGAGGAGCAGGGGAGGAGGGAUGGUGAGGAGGGAAAAGCCAACUCACCUUCGGAGACCAGAGAGGCUGAACACAGGCAGGUUGACGUGGACCAGACAGCGGGUCCUGAACUGCAGAACAUGGAGGAGGGUCCACAGUCAGAGCCACCCACCAUGCAGUCGUCUCAGGCUGCCGUGCUGGAGCUCCCAGAAGACCCCUCAGGAGACCGGGAGAGCGAGAACAAAGCCACUCAGAACGAGGACAAGUCCCUUCUGAGCUCCAGUGUUGUCAUAGAGGUGCCAGAUAUUCAGUCAUCACUAGAGCUCACCCCCAUCCCAGGUAAUAGUAAAGAUGUGGAGGCAUCCAAGCCUGAGAAGGAGGAGGAGCAGGUGGCCAUCCCAGUCAAUACUGUCAUACCAGACAGCAUGUUUAUAUUCAAACCGGAAAACCCGAUCCGCCGAGCCUGUCACUAUGUGGUGAACCUGCGCUACUUUGAGAUGUGCAUCCUUCUGGUGAUCGCUGCCAGCAGCAUCGCCCUGGCAGCAGAGGACCCUGUGUCAGCCACGUCCGACUGGAACAAAGUUUUUACGAUACUUCGACUACGGUUCACAGGUGUCUUUCCGUGAAUGAUAAUAAAGAUGAUUGACCAGGGCUUGAUUCUCCAUGAUGGCUCCUAUUUCCGGGAUUUGUGGAACAUCCUGGACUUUAUUGUGGUGAUCGGAGCUCUAGUGGCAUUUGCCCUCACGAAUGUGUUGGGAAAUAACAAAGGACGGGACAUCAAAACCAUCAAGUCUCUUCGGGUGUUGCGUGUCCUUAGGCCUUUGAAAACCAUCAAGAGACUGCAAACUCAAGGUAGCCUAAAUGUCUUCAACAUCCUCAUCGUCUACAAGCUCUUCAUGUUAUCUUCGCUGUCAUCGCCGUGCAGCUUUUCAAAGGGGAAGUUCUUCUACUGCUCGGACGGAUCCAAAGACACUGAGAAGGACUGCCAUCACUGUGUUACUACAGGGCUUUUACAUUGCUAUGAGAAAGGAGAAAAGAAGGAGGUGAGGAGGAGGGAGUGGAGGAGGCAUGACUUCCACUAUGACAACGUUGUCUGGGCUCUUCUUACGCUGUUCACCGUGUCCACUGGGGAAGGUUGGCCGCAGGUCCUACAGCACUCCGUUGAUGUGACAGAGGAGGGACAGAGGCCGAGCCGCAACAGGAUGGAGAUGUCCAUCUUUUACGUCAUCUACUUUGUGGUGUUUCCCUUCUUCUUUGUCAACAUCUUUGUGGCUCUCAUCAUCAUCACCUUUCAGGAGCAGGGAGACAAGAUGAUGGAAGAGUGCAGCUUGGAGAAGAACGAGAGGGCUUGCAUUGACUUUGCCAUAAGUGCCAAACCCCUGACGGCCUAUAUGCCCCAGAACAGACAGACGUUCCAGUAUCGCCUCUGGCACUUUGUCGUGUCAGCCGUCGUGUGAGUACACUGUGCCUGGCCAUGAUCGCACUUAACACCCAUCGUCCUGAUGAUGAAGUAUUACUCGGCUCCACCAGCAUACGAGGCUGUGCUGAAACACCUGAACACAGCCUUCACUGUGCUUUUCUCUGUGGAAUGCAUCCUCAAGAUCAUGGCUUUUGGAUUUCUGAACUACUUUCGAGACACUUGGAAUAUAUUUGAUUUCAUCACUGUCUUGGGCAGCAUCACAGAAAUAGUGGUCGACUUGCAGUCAAUAGAGACUUUCAACAUGGGUUUCCUGAAGCUGUUCCGAGCAGCUCGACUGAUCAAGCUACUGAGGCAGGGCUACACCAUCCGGAUCCUUCUCUGGACAUUUGUUCAGUCCUUUAAGGCGCUCCCCUACGUCUGUCUGCUCAUUGCCAUGCUCUUCUUCAUAUAUGCAAUCAUUGGAAUGCAGGUUUUUGGAAACAUCAGACUGGAUGAGGAGACUCACAUCAAUCAGCACAACAACUUCAAGACCUUCUUCGGCGCUCUGAUGUUGCUUUUCAGGAGCGCCACGGGGGAGUCGUGGCAGGAGAUCAUGCUGUCAUGUUUAGGGGGGCAGAAGUGUGAGCCAGAUCCCUUAGCUCUGCCAUCGGACAAUGGGGAACGCUGCGGAACUGAGUUUGCCUACUUCUACUUUGUCUCCUUCAUCUUCUUCAGUUCAUUUUUGAUGCUGAACCUGUUUGUGGCUGUGAUCAUGGACAACUUUGAGUACCUGACCCGGGAUUCCUCCAUCUUGGGCCCUCAUCACCUGGAUGAGUUUGUUCGUAUCUGGGGUGAAUAUGAUCGAGCUGCUAGCGGGCGCAUUCAUUACACAGACAUGUAUGAGAUGUUGACCCACAUGUCGCCACCCCUUGGCCUUGGCAAGAAAUGCCCCUCCAAACUGGCUUAUAAGAGGCUUGUACUCAUGAACAUGCCUGUGGAUGAAGAUAUGUCUGUUCACUUCACGUCCACCCUCAUGGCUCUGAUCCGAACUGCCCUGGAGGUCAAGAUAGCCAGAGGAGGAGAGGACCGAGGGCAGAUGGACUCAGACUUACAGAAGGAGAUCAGCAUCAUUUGGCCACACCUCUCACAGAAGACUCUGGACUUGCUUGUACCCAUUCACAAAGCCAGUCAUAUGACCAUUGGAAAGAUCUAUGCAGCAAUGAUGAUCAUGGACUACUACAAGCAGAGCAAAGCAAAGAAGCUCAGACAACAGCUGGAGGAGCAGAAACAUGCUCCCAUGUUCCAGCGAAUGGAUGCAUCCUCUCUGCCUCAGGACAUCCUUUGCAGUGCCAAAGCUCUCCCAUUCCUGUCCCACAGUGCUGGAUCAGCCCUUACCAGAGGAGGGUUUGUAGCCUUGAGUCCCAUUUCCCCUCAGGAGAUGUUCAUGCAGCCUAUAUCCCAGGCCCUGGAAGACAAGGACGAUGACUACCACCACUAUCGGCAGCACCAGCUCCAGCAACAGCUCCAGACAUUGGUGCCGGAGCACAAAGAGUCUAACCGUGACCUUUGCCCCACUAACAGACAGGAUUCCUCACUCAGGGUGCCCGGGCGGGCAGUCUCUAUCCGAGCAUCGUCUAUGCCUCGGCUGGCUGUUGGCACUCAGGUGGGGACCGAAAGCAGUAAAUCAAUAAAGCGCUCCUUCUCCACCAUUGGGGACCAGUGUGUCAACGGGCUGUGGCAGGAGGAACACUCUCUGGAGAGGGUCAGCCCUGACCGCCUGUAUAGACCACGACAGAGGAGCAUCCGAGGCAUCCGGUCAAACCUCAGGGAGCAAGCGGUUAACGAGCGAGGGCGGUCCAAAGAGCGGCGCCACCUGCUGUCUCCGGACGUGUCCCGUUGCAAUUCUGAGGAGCGGAGCCGGGACCCGUCACAGGAAGGAAAGCGCUCCCGUUCCCCAAGCGAAGGACCUGUCCUGAACAGACAGGGCGACACUUUAAGCGGCCCGGGUCCGUCCAGCUCUGAGUUCGGUACCCCCCGUAGCCGCCGCCAGCUCCCCCAGACACCAUCGCGGCCACGUCCUCACAUCUCCUACUCACCCCUGGUGUGCCGGGCCAACCCCUCCCCACUUGCUGCCAGCGAAAACAGAGCCCAGGCCCAGGAGGCGCCUGGAGAGCUGGAGGAUCCGUCUCGGAGGGGGGCGGGGGAGAAGCCAGUCCAAGUGGCAGGUACGGGAUUGGGGGUGGUGCCUGCGGUGGGUGUUCCAGGUCCAGGGGUCAGUAACCCACAUGUCUCCCCUCACCGGUACAUCUCGGAGCCGUACCUACCCCUGCGUGAGGAGUUUCACAGCCCGGAAUCCUCAAGCCUGGAGGAGACUCUGACUUUUGAGGCGGCCAUAGCAACCAGUCUGGGCCGGGCCAACACCAUUAGCUCCGCCCCCCAGCUCAGACACAACUGGCAGGUCCCCAACGGACACUUCCAUAAGCGCCUGGGUCAAGCCAGCUCUGUACCCGCCUGUGAGCUCCGGAGCGACACGGACGAGGAUGAUCGCUGUUAGGGAUGGGACUGGGAGAGGAAGAGGAGGAAGAUGGUGCGUAAAAGUGGCUGCCAAAAAUAGAGGGGCCCUCAGUCUAUAGACUGUCAAGAGUGUGUACUCCGCGUGCACCUGUCCACGUCUGUUUCUCUGUGUGUUUAUAGGAAUAAAGUGUUUGCCAAAGUCAUGGAACGGGGAAGGUAUGAGUUUGCACUGCUGAUGUACAGUGCAAAAGUUCACCAGUUUAAUUUAGAUUGUUUGUUGUUUGAACAAAGUAGCUAAGCUCAAGAUGUUGCAAAUCCCCACUUAAGAUCUAGGUAUGAAAUAAUGAGUAUGUCUGAAGUACAGUGUGUAGCGAUAAAUAGCAUGUGGUACUGAAGCGUCAGGAACAUAUUGAAAGUGUCUUUAAGGAUGACGAUAAUGCUUCUGCUGAAACAGCAGCUGGUGUGUAAGGAUCUGCAACAUGUGCUUUGUCAUCGGGGAAGAGGUAUCAAACCAGGACCUACUAUGGGAAUGAGUUCACUUGAUGAACUCUCAGCUGAGAACAAAAAAGGUGGUAGAACAAACUAUUUUUAAUAUGAAAGCCUUUCCAUUAAUUGCCCAAGUAAUAUGACCGCCUACUUCAAUCCUACAGUCCCACUGAGCGAGGACCAGGCGUUACAUUUCCAGAGCUUUCGGCUUUGAUUUCCUCUGAAGUCAGGUGUUCCAACAUCAUUUAGUAUCAUUCUUAUGCUGAAUAUGGCAGGUCUUUGUGUCCCCUGCAAUGUGUCACUGGACAGAUGACCCACUCCUCCGUUGCCUGUCUCUGUCACCUCCCUGGAUUAAGCAUGAUGUCCACUGUGAGAUGUCAAGGGUGAGGCCAGGCCCUGAACUAUAGACAGUCACUGAACAGCAUCGACGCCUGGCCUCUCCUGCCGAACCAUACAGAAACAACAGAAGUCAUGCAAAGUUUCAUGUGCUGUGUACUACUGGAGAAGGUCUACAAAAGCCAUUAUUCCUGUAAAUACAAUCGACUGUCUUGAGGAUGUUUUGCCUUUUAUGUAAUAAUGAAUAAUGUCUGUUCUUUAAUGCAAAUUAUGUCAAUAUGGAUGUUUUUAUGGAUGAUUCCUAACUAUGAUUCAUUUAUUUAGUCAACUCCCAUGACACUGAACACUGAGUGCUGUAUAAAAAAGAAGGUUUAUGUUGUAGCAACAUGAUGAUAAUGGCUUAUGGUAAUAGGGAUCAAACGCUGCAGCCUAUGAGGAGAACGGCUCAGUGCGGUCAAUGGAUGUACCUGUUCUCUCUUUUUAGACCCCAUCUAAAUUAUGUUUGCACAUGCGGUAUUUUGAGCCCAUCUUUAGAACAUUUUCCAUUUUAAAUAUUCCAGCAUUUGAACAGCGAUUGUUCCCCAAAUGAGAGCUUAUACCAUGUGCUGUGCUGUAAUGUUUUUGUUGACAUGUUUCUGAAAUAUGAAUAGGACGUAUUUGGUCCAAUGUUACACAGCUCUGUGAAACAUGAAGACUUCUUAUGUGGCUACAUUUAUGGUAUAAGAAGCUUUCUGGUAUAUAC